AUGACGACUGUGGUUGCCAUAAGGAACGAGACACGCAUGUGGAAUCAUGUGCCGGGAAAAGCAAUCGACGAUCUGGAGACACCUACGAUACGAAGUGCACUCGAGGAACUUGGAAAGCUGGGUGAAUCCGCGCAAGCUUCUAUGACCAAAGCUGAGAAGGCCAUAGCUCUUGCUGAGGUCGAGGAGGGUAUGGUCAGUAUAGGCAGUGCCGAGCCAGAGUUGUUUGUUUCGAUCUUUCUCCAAAACAUCGAGAAGAGGCAUCUCCUCAAAGAAGUAAAGAUGAAUGUCAAUCAGCUAUACCAGGAGUAUACUUCCGAAUUGCAAUAUCAGAUCAACCAAUUUCCUCGCAAGCGUCUGCUUAGAACCAUCCAAAAGCUUCAGGAAGAGCUUACCGUUGUUCAGCUCGUAAACUCGUGGCAACAAAAGACUUUCACUAGUCUACUCCAGGUUCUCGACCCACAAACCUUCGAAGACCCCAUACCCGAUCGCACCAAUAUGUAUCCAUCGGAGUUGGAGUGUAUCAGUGACAGUCUCAAGUCUCUACAAACCAAAGCGGUAGAGCUCGAGGCUCUCGAGCACCGCACGCAAUACCUUCGUGAGCAGCUAAAGCAGAGUGUGGAGAUUCUCGAAGAAGACCACGGUAAAGCUAUUCUGGUAUUCACAAUGAUCACCACCAUCUUUCUUCCGCUCUCGUUCAUAACAAGCUUUUUCGGCAUGAACAUGUCAGACAUCCGCAACACAAAUAGUACCCAAGCUUUCUUCUGGGCUACUGCCAUCCCAGUAACCGCUGGUAUCGUUUUUGCUGCAGUUUUGCUAGCGUAUCGCGGGGAUAAGCUGUACGACAGUGUCGUACAGGCCAUGCACGAAAUGAAAGAACAGCGGAGACGAAAGAACGUACAAGCACCUUUACAAAGUGGAAGGAAGUGGCGAGAUCUCUUGUCAUUUGCUCCGCCUUCUUGGGUUCUGCGCAGGCGGAGUAAUCUCAAAAUCGAGGGCGUUGAGCUGGACACUUUAAAAUCUUCUUACGAUGGCCAAUCCGCCGUUGUAACAUGA